AUGGGUAUCUAUUGUUCCUGCCAGGCCUUCGGUUCGAUGCUGUCAGGCGCGUUGGCAGUUGCCAUCAUGAACACUCUGGAUGGAAAGAAUGGCAUUGCUGGCUGGAGAUGGCUAUUUAUUAUCAACUGCAUCAUGACUAUUUGUGUCGGCCUCUGCGGCUUCUUCAUUCUGCCUGAUGUCCCCAAUAAUCCAAACCCGCGCGCUUUCUGGUUCAAGAAGCAUUAUGCCCGACUGGCCAUGGAGCGACUGGAUCGGUACGGAAAGGUUGCACCCAAGAAGAUCACUUUCGAUAGUGUGAAACGUACUACUCGUUCGUGGGUGCCAUACUUUAUUAUCAUCGUAUAUGUGGCUGGCUGCCUAGCAUCAUAUGGAAUCUGGUACUUCGCCGUAUUUCUCAAGGCUCUGAAGAAUCCGGAUGGGAGUCGACUCUGGAGCACUUCCCAGGUCAAUGCCAUCCCGAUCGGCGGAAGUGCCGUGACUGCUGCUAGCGGUUAG